GGAACGCAAUUUUUACUCUACGGGCAUUAAACUCGCGACCCGCCCCUUACGCUUCCCUCCCAAGAUUAAAAAAAAAAAAACAGACCAUCUAUAUUCUUUGCACUUCUUUAAUUCCGCUGAGCCGAGAUUCUUGUGACCGGAACAGAGUCAGAGAGUGAUCAUGGGAGGCGGAGGAGUGUUGAGGACCGCGGCGAAGGUGGCCGGAGUCGGCGUGGCCUCCUCCGGGCUAAGGGGCGUGCCCGUUGCCCCGCCUGCCGAGCAGUCGAUUAGGAAAGCGUCGAGACCUGCGUCGGCGGUCUUGUCUUCCGAGGGAGCGAAAUCUGCUGCCGCUGCGCCGCUGCACGCGGUGGAGUCCUGGGACUCGGAUGAAUGGGAUUUCGCCCAUGAUGAUGGACUCGUCAUGGAGGCCGGCGAGCCUACGCCCCGGGUGGUGUUUGGCGAGGUCCCCAGCUUUCAGGAGGCCAAGGCUGCUGCCUCGGAAUUGAAAAACGCCAUUGAUGAGACCAUAUCUUAUUUAUCAAUUGCCAGGGUAUACCUGUCGUCCGAUUCUUCUGUGUGCGAGGGUUCUACUGGUAGUGAAGUUUCUGUCCGAUCCCCUGUUCUUUCUAGGACGGAGACCAAAUCUUGUGUGGUCGAGGCUAUUUCAACUCCUUCAAUGCCGAAGCAUGCCCUUCAGGCCUUUAAACUUCUGAGCACAAAUUCUGAGGCCCAGAACCUUGUAGCUUCUGUUGCUUCUGAUCCGAACGUAUGGAGUGCAAUCAUGCAAAAUCCUUCGUUGAAGGACUUCCUCCAAUCCAACCAAACAGCUACUGGGGUUGAGUCAGGGGAAUCUCCUGAAAUUUUGGAGAAGUUACACCACUCCGAUCAAAAGGACAACCAAGGAAAUGGGUUUUUGGAUUUCAUGGAGAUAAUGCAGAAUUUUAAGGUGACAGUGACUGAAAUGGUGAGCAAUGUGUCAACAUACUUCAACAACUUGUUUGGGUUAUCAGAAGCGGAGAAAACGUCGUCUGGUGCUAAUGGAAACACGAGAACAAGCUUCAUGGAUCCUUUCGCCAUGGGAGGAACUCUUAUGGGGUUGGCAGUACUGGUGAUCAUGGUGGUCCUGCUCAAGCGGGCUUAGACUCUAUCUUCGUUAAUUCGCCGAUUCUUCUAAUAAACUCUGAUAGUAUGAUAUGUUUCUUUCUUGUCUGUUUUUCCUUUUAUCCAAGUGCAUUUACAAGUUCUAUAUUCAACACAGUCUGUAAAUGUAUUUAUUUCUUCUCGGGAAAACAGAAUGGCAUUUACAGACAAGCCCGAGAUGUUGAGUCUGAAAUGUGAAAGAAUGAGCUUUGGCCUGGUUAAAAAGAUAUUCUAAAAUUAAACUAAUGAAUAUGCA